AUGCAGAGAAAUAACAUCUCCAAGGUGACAGAAUUUGUUUUCCUGGGAUUCUCCAGCUUUCAUGACCAUCAGAUCACCCUCUUUGUGAUUUUUCUCAUUCUGUACACAUUAACAUUGGCUGGUAAUGCCAUCAUUGUGACAAUCAUCCGCAUUGACCGUCACCUCCACACUCCCAUGUACUUCUUUCUGAGCAUGCUGGCCAGUUCUGAGACUGUGUACACACUAGUCAUCAUUCCACGGAUGCUCUCCAGUCUCAUAUCCCAGAACCACCCAAUCUCCCUGGCAGGCUGUACCACUCAAAUGUUUUUCUUUGUCACCUUGGCCAUCAACAACUGCUUCCUGCUCACAGUUAUGAGCUAUGACCGCUAUGUGGCCAUCUGCAACCCACUGAGAUAUGCAGUCAUUAUGAGCAAGAGGAUGUGUGUCCAGUUGAUGUGUGGAGCUUUGGGUAUUGGCCUGAUCAUGGCAGCUGUUCAGGUGGCAUCCAUAUUUACCUUACCAUUUUGUCACAGGGUGGUUGGACAUUUCUUCUGUGACAUCCUCCCUGUCAUGAAACUCUCUUGUAUUGACACUACAAUCAAUGAGAUAAUCAAUUUUGUUGUCAGUUUAUUGGUGAUCCUUGUCCCCAUGGGCCUGGUCUUCAUCUCCUAUGUGCUUAUCAUCUCAACAAUCCUCAAGAUUGCCUCUGCUGAGGGCCAAAAGAAGGCCUUUGCCACUUGUGCCUCCCACCUCACUGUGGUCAUUGUCCACUAUGGCUGCGCCUCCAUUGCCUACCUCAAGCCCAAAUCAGAAAACUCUGUAGAACAAGACCUCCUUCUCUCUGUCACAUACACAAUCAUCACUCCCCUGCUGAACCCUGUUGUUUACAGCCUGAGAAACAAGGACGUCAAGGAUGCUCUACGCAGAGCUGUGGGCAGAAAUAUUUCUUAA